AGGUUUGGUCCCACUGCCACGCCGUAGGCCUGUCGUCUCAGGUGCGCCGGCCUGAGGAGUGCGCGGCCCCGGGAGAGAUGUUGCUGCUGCGGUCGCUGCGCCUCUGCUUGGUCGCGUGGAACGGACGCCCCCCGGCGGGGCCCCUUCUGCUUCAGCCGCCCCAGCCAUGGAACACGUUUCAUGUGGGGCCCUCGCUGUCUGACUCGGCUUCCAGCAAGGAGCUCCUCAUGAAGCUGCGGCGGAAAACGGGCUACUCUUUUGUGAACUGCAAGAAAGCUCUGGAGGCUUGUGGCGGGGAUCUCAAAGAGGUGUGUGUGGUGGAGAAGGCAGAGAGUUGGCUCCACAAGCAGGCCCAGAAUGAGGGCUGGAGCAAAGCUGUCAAACUCCAAGGGAGGAAGACUAAAGAAGGCUUGAUUGGGCUGCUGCAGGAAGGAAACACAACUGUGUUAGUAGAGGUAAACUGUGAGACAGAUUUUGUUUCCAGAAAUUCAAAAUUUCAACAGUUGGUCCAGCAAGUAGCAGUUGGAACCUUGCUGCAUUGUCAGAACCUAAAGGAUCAACUGUCCACAUACAGUAAAGGCUUUCUGAAUUCCACUGAGCUAUCUGAACUUCCAGCUGGGCCUGACAGAGAAGGCUCUCUCAAGGAUCAGUUGGCCCUAGCAAUUGGGAACCUGGGAGAAAACAUGACCCUUAAACGAGCCGCAUGGGUGAAGGUGCCAUCUGGGUUCUACGUUGGUUCUUAUGUUCAUGGAGCAAUGCACAGCCCCUCGUUCCACAACCUGGUACUGGGAAAGUACGGGGCCCUGGUCGUCUGUGAGACGUCUGAGCGGAAAGCAAAUCUUGAAGACCUUGGUCGCCGCCUUGGGCAGCAUGUGGUGGGCAUGGCCCCUCUCUCUGUUGGCUCCCUGGACGAUGAGCCUGGGGGAGAGAUGGAAACCAAGAUGCUGUCCCAGCCGUACUUGCUGGAUCCCUCUAUCACUUUGGGACAGUAUGUGCAGCCCCAGGGGGUGUCUGUAGUGGAUUUUGUACGGUUUGAAUGUGGUGAAAGCGAAGAGGCAGCGGAGCCUGAAUAGAUUCCAGAGACUUUUGGCCCAGGAGGAAAUGUUUAUUCUGAGCUCUGGACAUCAUUGCAAAAAGAAGUUAUUUCCUAAGCCUCUUAAAACCUAGAAUUCGCUUCUUGGAUCAGGCAAACACAUGAGACUAUGUUGGCAUCUCCUGCCUGGAAGGGAGAUGAGAGGGCAGAGGGGGCCAGAAACUGGCCGAAUAGAUACAAAAAGAGAGAGUGGAGGGAAGGAGUGUGCUGUCUCAUUAUGGGGAGAGCAAUUAGGAGUACAUAGCAAGGUGUAUAUAAACUUUUGUCUGAGAGACUGACUUGAUUUCUAAACUUUCACUUAAAGCACAAUAAAAAAAAAAAAAAAAAAACCCUAGAAUUCAUUUU